UUUUUCUUUAUACAUGUCACACACCAAAUAUCAUACACAAGUACACUACUAUCUCAUAUUAACAACAUGUCCGGUUACACGGGGAACACCGGCGAAGGCCCAACUUCAUCACGACGGGGAGUUCCAACGAUGAUAACUCUCCCAGCGCGUUCUACUUUUGAUACCUUACUCAGUGGAAUUAGCCCUGGUCCCAUGACACUUGUCUCCAACUUCUUCUCUGAUCAUUACCCCGAUACUGAUCUACGCUCUUUCUCUCAACUUCUUGACGACGUCCUAGCUUCUCCUGCUACUCUUAACCCGCCUGCUCGUCUACAAUAUGUUGAUUCAUCCUCGAGUUGUCAAAAAGAAUUGGAAGAAGAUAAGCAACAUCAAAAUCAACCAACAGAAUUGGACUCUAGCUCUUCUAGUUUCUCACCACUCCAGGAUAUGGUUCCACAAUAUGGUAACAUGAAGCCCGAACCUAUAGUGACCAUAACUAAGCCUACUAGCGACGGGUACAAUUGGAGAAAAUAUGGACAGAAACAAGUAAAGACAAGCGAACUUCCACGCUGCUACUACAAAUGCACACAUAGUAAUUGUCCAGUGACGAAAAAAAUUGGGCAUUUUCAUGAUGGGAAUAUUAGCGAGAUCAUCUAUAAAGGCCAGCAUAAUCAUGAGCCGCCUUCAUAUCAUAAAAAGCCCGGAAAUGGUACACGCGUGGACCGUCAAUCAAGUUCUGUAGAAGAACCGGUGGAUGCCAGUAAACAAGUUAAUUGUUUGGUGGCUAUGGCUGAUAGCAAACGAAGGAAGACAGAGGUGGGGUUCGUGGAUCAGGGUUGCUCGUCUCGGAUGAUUGUCACAGCUGAUGAGUCGAAAAUUGUGGUUCAGACUAGAAGUGAAGUUGAUAUAUUAGAUGAUGGAUUCAAGUGGAGAAAAUAUGGACAGAAAAUAGUGAAGGGAAAUACUUAUCCAAGGGGUUAUUACAGGUGUUCGUAUGCAGGGUGCAAGGUCCGAAAGCAUGUAGAAAGGCCUUCUUCAGACCCGAAAUCUGUUGUAACUACAUAUGAAGGAAAACAUAAACACGAUAUUCCUGUGGUGGCAAAACCUUCGAGUAGCGAUGAAACAAGUCUAAAAGCAGAAAGACCACAUUUGUUACAACUGAAAGAAGAGCAAAUCAUUGCAUAGGGUCGUGUUUACGUCAAUGCCUUGAUGAAUGCUCGUUAUCUAUUCGAAUAAGCCCUGCUUCCUUCCAAGUACCAGUGAUAAAAGCUGCUUAGAUUUCGGAAGAUAACAACAACUUGGGUUUGGUUUUCUCUUAUGUCCUUGACAAUGUAAUAUGUAAUGUAGUUUGAGCCACAGCUCUAAGUUUGUUAAAGAUUAUACUACUACUGAUCAUAAACAGCAACAGCAACAACAACGUUUUUAUUUUUUUCAAAGAAGAGAUAAACAGCAACAUUUUAAUUUUUAUCGAAAAACAGGUGAAGGAUCAAGACGUUGGUUUGUAGACGAUGAUACUUUCCCACAGCAAGACAAGUCGUCUAUUCGAUCUGUUUGUUCCAGAGUCUGUUAACCAACUUUACCUUUCAAGAGUACGUAGCCGGUAGCUCUCAUGGCAUGUUAUGCUUGCUUGGUACUUUUGUCAAGCACAGAGUCACUGAUAUGGAAUCCUGUGAUUAGAAAGACAGUUUGUAUUGAUUUGUCGAAUUUGACACGUGAUUCUACUAUUGGUUUUGGCGUUUGUCCUAAAACGUGUAUUCACUUCUUCCAAGUAAUCAAAUUUCAAGCAAGUAAACUAUUUUAA